CCUCGUGAAUUCCGGUGCCAAUCCCUAAUAGUGUUUGGUGAUAGUCUCUCAGAUGAUGGCGUUGAAGCUGUUGGCGAAUCACAUGGUUUUACUCGCAAUUCGAAUGGGAAAAUUUGGCCAGAAUAUGUAGAGAAAAUGCUUCAAUGCGAUGAGUACAUAAAUUACGCCUAUAGUGGAGCGAAGAGCGGUUUGGAUAAUUUCUACUUCGAUGGAUGGUCUGGCAUAAGUUGGCAAUUGCAAAGAUAUUUGGAGAAUCAUUUAUACAUUAGCGGGGGUUCGUCCUCGCUUACGUUUUUAGGUAUUUCAGAACCUUUGAUAAUUUUCCAAACAGGAGGUGUGGUUGACUACUUUACUGGGGAGAAAGAUGCGACCACAGUGGUUGCUAAUAUCGAAGCUAGUGUGGAAAAUAUCACAAAGACCAUGAAUUCGGGCACGCUUUUCGUUUUAACCCUAUUGGAUCUUGGCAGUGCACCAGGAGUACGAGCAGCUGAUGAAAGUGCGGAUUUGCAGCAAAGGCUAGGCGAGCUUGUAGCAGAAACAAAUAGGCAUCUUGCUCGAAUUGUCUUCGAUUCUGAACGAGGUGCUCGACAACUUUACCCAAAACUAAGAAUUCGCCUAUUGGAUAUCAAUCCCAUUGUGAUGGAAGCAAUGAACUCCUUGAACUCAUCAGAACCCUUUACUUUCCACAAUGUCAAUAUCAGGCCCCGUUCAGUCUACGGCUACGCUUAUCACGAUUUAUGGAAUCCAUCCACGAUAGUGCAUUAUGCGUUGGCUGAAGAAAUUGUAAAACAAUUACAAGAUCUUUAA